AUAAAAACUAAUUCAAAGUUAAAACAAAGUGAGCGCAUUGGUGCUUUAGCAAUAGCAAGUACCAAUGAGAAUCAUGAUUAAGGGAGCUUCUUUCUGCCUCUUGUUUUUCUUGUCUUCCUUUGUAAUUGGCUUGGACACUGUCCAAGCCAAUCCCAACUAUAGAGAUGCCUUAGCAAAGUCCUUAUUGUUCUUCCAAGGCCAGAGGUCUGGGAGGCUCCCUAAAACCCAACAAAUUACUUGGAGGUCCAACUCUGGCCUAUCUGAUGGUCUUCUUGCCCAUGUGAAUUUAAUUGGAGGCUACUAUGAUGCUGGGGACAAUGUCAAAUUUAAUUUUCCAAUGGCUUUCACCACCACUAUGCUAUCAUGGGGCGCACUAGAAUAUGGCAAGAAAAUGAGCCCCCAAUUACAAGAAGCAAGGGCCGCAAUCAGAUGGGCCACUGACUACUUCCUAAAAUGUGCCACUGUUACCCCUGGUAAGCUCUAUGUUGGUGUUGGUGAUCCAAGCGUGGAUCACAAGUGUUGGGAGCGGCCCGAGGACAUGACCACGGUCCGGUCCGUUUACUCGGUCUCUCCUAGCAACCCAGGUUCAGAUGUGGCUGGUGAGACCGCAGCUGCAUUAGCUGCUGCUUCCAUGGUUUUUAGGAAGGUUGAUCCAAAAUACUCAAGAUUGCUAUUGAAAACAGCAAAAAAUGUCAUGCAAUUUGCAAUGCAAUAUAGAGGUGCCUAUAGCGAUUCACUUGGGUCUGCAGUGUGCCCAUUUUAUUGUUCAUAUUCUGGAUAUAAGGAUGAACUGCUUUGGGGAGCUGCAUGGCUUUUAAGGGCUACAAACGAUGUUUCUUACUUCAAUUUCUUGAAAUCACUGGGAGCUGAUGAUGGAACAGAUAUCUUCAGCUGGGACAAUAAAUAUGCUGGUGCUCGUGUCCUCCUAUCCAGGAGAGCCUUGCUUAACACUGAUAAGAACUUUGAUUCAUUCAAGCAACAAGCUGAAGAUUUCAUGUGCCGGAUUUUGCCCAACUCUCCCUACACAAGUACACAAUAUACACAAGGUGGGCUCAUGUACAAGUUACCUGAAAGCAACCUUCAGUAUGUUACUUCCAUAACAUUCUUGCUCACAACUUAUUCCAAGUACAUGUCUGCGACGAAACACACGUUUAACUGUGGCAGCCUUUUGGUCACUUCAAGUUCCCUAAGAAACCUUGCAAAGAAACAGGUUGACUAUAUAUUAGGUGUGAACCCAUUGAAAAUGUCAUAUAUGGUAGGAUACGGGGCAUACUUUCCAAAGAGAAUUCACCACAGAGGAUCCUCCUUGCCCUCAUUGGCAAGUCAUCCACAAGCUAUAGGCUGCGAUGGUGGUUUCCAACCAUUCUUCUAUUCAUCAAAUCCUAAUCCUAACACUUUGACUGGAGCCAUUGUAGGAGGUCCAAACCAAAAUGAUGGCUUCCCAGAUGAUCGUACUGAUUAUAGUCAUUCAGAACCUGCCACUUAUAUCAAUGCUGCUAUUGUUGGACCUUUGGCAUACUUUUCUGGGAGCUCCACUACUUGAUGGGAUUUUUCAUCAACUACCAAUUCAUUGUAUAUACAUUCCGUGUCUCAAAAGAAGAAUGCAUUACACAACGUACACUAAGAAUAGGUUGGUUAUAUGGUUAUGUUUGGCUUUUCUUUUUCUUUUUUUUUUCUUUUUUUUUUCGGUGUAAUCCGAUAAUCGGAUUAAGUGUCAGUGAAUUGAACCUUUGAAUUAGUUCUUGUAAUUCAUCUUCAUUAUGGGAAGAAACACAUAUGGAAAAUUGACUGUU